UUUUUAAUAAAAAAUAAUAUAUCCCAUACCCAUCCCAUCCCUGGCAACCUGACAGUAUAUGCUCUCUUUUCUGCAUACCAAUUAUCAUUGUGUGUGUGUGUGUGUACCAUUUUCUGUUCUUCCUUUUCAUGGAUUACUGAUUGUGCAUUCUUCCAUUUUACAACCAAAAACAGAAUCCCAACGCUUCCUCCUCAACACACAUUAACAUUUGGGAAAAUUUGAUGAUGACUACUUCACUCUGUUGCCGUCGCAGCAGUCGGUGGUUUUGCAUCUCCAAUCUUUUGUUGCUUUCUGUUUUUGUGGGACAAUUUGGAUUUUGCUAUUCUUCUAAGGCUUAUGUUGUUUAUAUGGGAAGCGUAAGUACUCAAGACCACCCAGACCACAUUCUCACCCAAAACCACCAAAUACUCGCCGCUGUUCACGGUGGAAGCAUUGAACAAGCGCGUGCCUCUUACCUUUAUAGCUACAGACAUGGCUUCAGGGGCUUUGCUGCCAAGUUAACGGACAAACAAGCUUCCCAGAUUGCUAAGAUGCCAGGAGUGGUCUCUGUGUUUCCCAAUUUGAAAAGAAGGCUACACACCACUCACUCUUGGGAUUUCAUGGGUCUUGUGGGUGAAGAAACCAUGGAGAUUCCAGGACACUCUACCAAGAACCAAGUUAACAUUAUUAUUGGUUUCAUAGACACAGGAAUUUGGCCUGAAUCUCCUAGUUUUAGCGAUGACGACAUGCCCCCAGUGCCAGCCAGAUGGAAGGGACAGUGCCAAUCAGGAGAAGCGUUCAACGCUUCAUAUUGCAACAGGAAAGUGGUUGGAGCAAGAUACUAUAUGAGUGGCUAUGAAGCUGAAGAAGAUUCAACCGAAAUAAUGUCAUUUAGAUCUCCAAGGGACAGCUCUGGUCAUGGUAGCCACACAGCGUCAAUUGCUGCUGGUCGUUAUGUGUCAAAUAUGAAUUACAAGGGGUUGGCAACUGGGGGAGCUAGAGGUGGUGCACCAAUGGCCAGAAUUGCAGUGUACAAAACUUGUUGGGACUCGGGUUGCUAUGAUGUUGAUUUACUUGCUGCCUUUGAUGAUGCAAUUAGAGACGGGGUUCAUAUCUUAUCUUUGUCUCUGGGUCCAGAUGCCCCACAGGGAGAUUAUUUCAAUGAUGCCAUCUCUAUUGGGUCAUUUCAUGCUGCUACUCGUGGAGUGUUAGUAGUUGCUUCAGCUGGAAAUGAAGGAAACGAAGGUUCUGCAACAAAUCUCGCCCCAUGGAUGAUUACAGUUGCUGCCAGUUCAACAGAUAGGGACUUUGCAUCUGAUAUCAUAUUAGGAAAUACUGCUAAUUUUUCGGGUGAAAGUCUCAGUCUCUUUGAAAUGAAUGCUUCUGCAAGAAUCAUCUCUGCCUCUGAAGCCUAUGCCGGAUACUUCACUCCUUAUCAAUCCAGUUAUUGCUUAGAGAGUUCCUUGAAUAGUACUAAAGCCAGAGGGAAAGUCCUUGUCUGUCGACAUGCUGAAAGUUCAACAGAAUCAAAGCUGGCGAAGGGUACAACAGUCAAAGAAGCUGGUGGAGUUGGGAUGGUCCUUAUUGAUGAGGCAGAUCAAGAUGUUGCCAUUCCCUUUACAAUUCCCUCUGCUAUUGUUGGAAGAGGGAUGGGGAACAAGAUUCUAUCUUAUAUUAAUGGCACACGAAAAGCAAUAGCAAAAAUAUCCCGAGCAAAGACGGUUUUGGGAUCUCAGCCUGCACCUCGAGUUGCAACAUUUUCUUCAAAAGGACCCAAUGCUUUAACCCCUGAAAUUUUGAAGCCUGAUGUCACAGCUCCUGGACUUAACAUCCUUGCAGCAUGGUCUCCAGCAGUUAGGAAAAUGCAUUUCAACAUUCUUUCUGGAACUUCCAUGGCCUGCCCACAUGUAACAGGAAUUGCAGCCUUGAUCAAAGCAGUUAAUCCUUCUUGGUCACCAUCUGCCAUCAAAUCUGCAAUCAUGACUACUGCUACUAUCCUCGAUAAAAAUCUCAAACCCAUUACAGCGGAUCCUAGUGGAAGAAGGGGUAAUGCAUUUGAUUAUGGAUCAGGUUUUAUUGACCCAACAAGGGUCCUUGAUCCCGGUCUCGUCUAUGAUGCACAGCCAACAGAUUAUAAAGCUUUUCUCUGUUCAAUUGGUUAUGAUGAGAGAUCACUGCAUUUGGUUACGAGAGACAAUAGCACAUGUAAUCAGACUUUGACAACAGCUUUCAGCCUCAAUUAUCCUUCUAUCACCGUCCCGAAUCUUAAAGACAACUUCUCUGUAACUCGAACAGUGACGAAUGUUGGCAAACCGAGAAGCAUUUAUAAAGCCGUAGUUUCUAAUCCUGUUGGAAUCAAUGUCACUGUUGUGCCAAAGCGACUCAUCUUCAACAGCUAUGGCCAGAAGAUUAAAUUCACUAUGAAUUUCAAGGUGGCAGCUCCAUCAAAGGGCUAUACAUUCGGGUUUUUGACCUGGAGAAAUGGAAAUACAAGGGUCACUAGCUCAAUAGUUGUUCGGGUUGCAUCUUCCAGUAUGGGGUUGAUGAGAUAAUGUGGCUUAAUUUGCAUUUAUAUUGGUUAAGGAGGUUUGAGAUCCUCACAGCCCUAAACAAAUGUUGAUGCCGAAGUACCACUGACUUCAUAAAUCGACAGUAACGUGCCAUUAUAUAUUUGGAUCAAACAGGCUGCAGAAUUAUUCUAUGAUUAUUUUGUUAAAAAGGAUAAUAAACAAUGGGAGUGUAUAUAUAAAUUCAAGAAUUAUUUUUUCA